CAGGGAAGGGUUUAAUCGUUUCUCUCACGAAAUUAUCGAUUUUCAUCUCUAACAUGGGCGUCCCUUUUAUGUUUUUCUCGAAUCAAUGGCCGCUUUAUUCUCUAAACUAGAUUCAGCUUCCAAUCGUUGGGAUGUAUUCCUCGCCUCGAUUUUGAUUUCUCUCUAAAUCGAGGGUUUCAUUCACCGCUUGUGAAGGAAUGGCACAGGACGUUGAGGCGCAGCAAGACAAGCCGUCCAAUGCCUGCUGCGCCAAGUUGCAAAAGAAGCACUCAAAGCUCUUGGAGAGGUGCGCGAAGCUUGAACAGAUCAAAAACAAGUUUCGCGACUGCACCUUAGCGAUGCAGCAGAGAUGCGAUGUGGUCGAGAGAGAUAGGAAGAGUCUGAGGAGAGAUAAUGAGAGUCUGAGGGAAGCAUCAGAAAAACUCAAAGUGCAGGUUAAUUUAUGGAAUAGUGAGAAAGAUAUAGAGGCUGGUCGGCGUGCUGAUCUCGAGGUUCAGUUGCUGAAGCAAAACAGUGGUUCUGCUUCUCGCAGAGGAGAUGAACAGCUUCGAGAACGCAUUGCUCAAGCCGAGGAAGAAAUUAAGCUAUUGAAGGAGCUUCUGGACCGAGAGAGGGGGAAGGUAGCUUCCGAAAAGAAGCGCACUGAGUUGGAGAAGAAGAAAGCUGUUGAGGCGUUGAAGAAGUUAGAGAGUGUAGAGAGAAAAAAGGCUGAGGAAUAUAAACUUCUGUGGGAGAAGUUACAAAAAGAAAAUGAUGAUAUGAAGCCAAUGUUAUCUUUGGAGAAAUCUAGAUCUAGAGAUGCAGAGAAACAGAAAACCAUUAUAGGAAGGCAAAGGGUUGAAUUGACAGUGGCUAAACCUGAAGAGCAAAUUUUUGUUCCUGAUACAAGUUUGGAGAAUGAUCGAGCUGAUGAUUUGAAUCGGAAAUUGGAACAAGCUAGGAAAAGGGUAGAACAAUUAGAGGGUGAGUUACUUAAACAUAAAUGCUCUGAAGAAUCUAAAGAUAGGCUUCUGUUGGAGAUGUUAAAAAAAGAAACUGAUGAUUUAAAGUCAUUGUUGGCUUUGGAGAAAUCUAAAUCUGAAGCUGCUCACAAAAAGUUGGAAGCAGAGAAACAGAAAACCAUCAGGGAAAGAAAGAGGGCUGACUCGGCAGUUGCUCAAAAAAGAAUUACUGAAAAAUGUUUGGAGAAGGAUCAAGCAGAUGAUUUGAAUCGGAAGUUGGAACAAGCUAGGAAUAGGGUUGAACAAUUGGAGGAUGAGUUGCUUAAACAUAAAUGCUGUGAAAAAUCUGAAGAUAGGCUUUUGUUGGAGAAGUCUAAAAAGGAAACUGAUGAUUUAAAGUCAAUGUUGGCUUUGGAGAAAUCUAAACCGGAAGAUGCUCACAAAAAGUUGGAAGCAGAGAAACAGAAAACCAUUGGACAAAGUAAAAGGGCAAAGUUGGCGGUGGAAAAAUCUAAAGAGCAAAUUAAUCUAGCUGAAACAAAUUUGAAGAAGGCCAUGUAUGAGAAAGCUCGAGCAGAUGAUUUGAGUCGGAAGUUGGAAGAGGCGACGAAUAGGGCUGAUAAAUCCAGUCCCAGCAGGAAUGCAGUAACAGCCACUGAUAUACGCACCGAAAUGCUAAAGAAUGACACCCACUUCCAUAAGUGGGUGGAAAAGAUGCUUUUGGAGAAAGAACAUGAUAUCGUUAGGGAGAAAAAGCGUGCAGAUUCAGCAAAAAAGAAAGCAAAGAAACAGAUAAAAGUUGCAGAAGAAUACAAAAAGAUGUCCAUGGAACAAAAAGAUAGGGCCGAUCAACUAUCUGGGCAGUUAGAGACGUACAAGCUCAGGUUAGAAGGGUUGCAGAAGGAAAUGCAGGAGUUUGUUUCAUCGAGAAUUUAUGCUGGCACUUCUCCCAUGAUAAACAAUGAUGUCAUUUAUGAAACUGAUACAGUUGAACUUCUGAAGAAACAAUUAAAGCUAGAAAAGCUGCUUGCAAAACAUGCCAAGGAAGCAACGAAGAUAGAAGCUUUACGUAACACGAUGCUACGACAAGAAUUAUGUCACCUAAAGAAGGAGAGUGUUCAGUUCCAACAGCACAUGAAUAUACUACUAGAUAAGAGUUUCUUGCAUGGCCCUGAAGGUAUAGAUCAGUUGAAAAAGAUUGGCAGUGAAACCACGAAAAGAGAAGUAUUAGGCUCUGAUGGGAGUCGCAGGCGAGUCAUGUCUGGUAUACAUUCUAGGAUGGAUCCUCCUUAUCGAGGUUCCAGCCAAAAAAUGUUACAGAGUUCUGCCAUAUAUUCCAGUUCAGCAUCUUUUUCUGAUUGGCCCUUGGUGGGAUCACAGGAAAGAGACACAUUCUCUAUUAUGACAUCAGCUAACCUGGGGGAGGAUAUAUCAAACUUCAAGCCAAAGAUACCUAAUAAGAUGCAAAACGAUCAAAAUGUAGCUAAAGCUGAUAACAGAACUAGUAGUCCAAUUAAAGACAGUUCUAGUAAAAGAAGACUUGGCUUGCGUCAGAAGAAGAGGAAUCUUGGUGCAGUAGAGUCUAUAGAAAAUUUGCAUGCUAAGGGUGAGAAGUUGCAUCAACAUGUGUCUGAAAAAUUAGCCAGACUGCAUGAUACUCUCAAUGGCCAAGUGGAUGAUUCACAGGAAGAGAGCCUGAAAGGAACUACUUGCACAGAGCUUUUUAGACCUCUCAAGAAGAGAAAAUCCUCUUCAGAGGGAACUGUAAUUGUUGAUCAUUUGCAGAAUUCUGGGGAGUCAAAAGGCACCGUCAGUUCUGAUAUCAAUAACUCAGAUUCCUGUGUGCCUGCUUCAUCACCAGGGUCUGAUGCAGUCAUAUCUGAUUUGGGUGAUGAGGAUGGAACAAAUAAUAUUUUAGAACACAACAUGUCCACUUCUCCAGAUUUUGACCAGAUAGUCACUGGUGACCAUAUGAAGUUGCUGGACAUGGACAAUGCCGCUGAUGAAGACUGGCUGAGGUUGAAAGUAGAUAUCCAGUUAUUGAAAUGGAGAAGAAUCUCACUAAUGUUGCACCCAAUGGCUCUGAUCCAUUGCUGUUACAAAUGGAGCAUAAUUCUGAUACCUUAUCAGAGAAUACUACUCCCCCCGGCAGCAAGUGAUACUCAUUGCCAAGAAAUCCAUGUAACAAGUGGGAUGUUGGGAACAGGCUAUCUUUCUGGUCCUGGAAAUGAGGGAACAAUUGAAACAUGUGAAAAGGCAAGUGCAUCUUGUUGUGGUGAAACUCUGAAGUGUUUUAUUGUAUUCUCAGACAACAAAGACAACUUAAGCAUUUUGCGGAUCCUUCAGACAAUUUCCAGUUUCAUGCCACAAUGUUCUUUUGAUCAUUCAGUGGAGACAUUCGUUCAAAAUUUUAUACUCACCAUUUCUAAAGCUAAAGACCUCUCAACUAGAAAAGAAUGGCUAUGGAGUCCUGGUUUGCUUGAACUGCUAGUUAUCAUUGAAGAUUUCCUUCAACAGAGUAACGUUUUUGUCUAUGGUGGUGUAUCUGCUGAGUCAGAAUCCCAUGUUACUUCCAAAUUGGACUUAAUUUUAAAUGGCAAUCCCAUAAUGAUGCUGGAAAUGGCUGCUUCAGCUCAUCUGUUGAUUGCAGGGGGUAGUCUAUUAGCAUCAUUAUGCCUUGCUGUUGAUGAUAUUGGUUAUGUUUGUGAGAUAUCAUACAACAUUAUUAGAACCCAGAAGCUUGACCGUCCAGUAAUGUUGGCUAUUCUUCAUGCUUUUGCCCUCAUAUGUGGCUCCAAGUACUUUAAACUUCAGCAUUACUCUGUAGCUAUGACUGUAGUAAAAUCUGUGGUUUUGUUUCUUGAGGCGCAAACUUUGUCAGCCGGUUCUACAUCCUCUCCGCUGUCAGAUUCUAGAAACCCAUCUAGCAUGUUGUUGUGCGCACACUGUCCAUUCUCAGAAGGUGCAGUUUCUGUGGAAAAUGCUGCAGUGAUGCUGUUAGAGAACCUCCAAAAGCAGUGUCAUUGUGGGUUAUGGCCACAAGAUUCACUUGCCUUAGUCAGUUUGCUGGUUCCCACACUUCCGAUCCAUGAGGAGGGAGACGAGGUAGUUUCAGGCUUGGGAGAGGCUGCCUCAUCAAGUUUGGCAUGUGAUGAGACUUUAUGCAACUUCCUUGAUAUUUUUUCUUUGGUUGAGGUUCUAGCUUCAGUCAUGAGCUGGAAUUGGACAUCUGAUAACACCAUAGGGCCGAUUUGUCAAACUUUGAAGUUAAAUUUAACAGAAGGAUUCUCUGCUACUAUCAUCACACUUCUCGGCCAACUUGGGAGGCUUGGAGUUGGUGCUGGCGGAUACGAUGAUCCUGGUGUUCAGAAAUUAAGAGACUACUUCUCAAAGUUUGCUCAGGAAAUCACAUUCAAGAGAUUAAGUAUUCCUGUUCAGAUUGCCCUUAUAACUUCUUUGCUUUGUGUCAGUCCAAUCAAAUUUGAAGAGAUCACUGAAAAAACCGAAACUCCAGCAGCAAUGAGUAGUCCCUAUAGUUUGGUAAGGGCAUGGUUUUUUUCCUUGAGUCACGAUCUACAGUUGUCCUUGAGGCCUCAUUUUGCUGCAAGCCAGGGCAACUAGCAGAUCAGUCUCCGGUUCGUUCAAAUUGAGCUCGAGUCCUGUUCUUUUCGAGGAAGUUUGUGUACAGCAAUGGAUAAACAAGUGCCAAGGUCGUCUUCUGUUCUCCAAUUUUUUCUCAAGUUAAACUGAGCCGCCGCUUAUUUCACAGUUUUAGAAACAUUUACUUGGUAUUAUUGGAACCUUGCGAUUUUGUUCAACUUUGAUUCAGAAGCCUUCGGUAUUUGCUUUCACACGUAUGCUUAGUGCAUCUUUCUUCAGUUGAAGGAUUUGGAUAAUAGUCCCGGAUUUGGAUUUGGAUUUGGAGUUCGAGCAUUUAGAUUUCGGAUUGGAUUUUGAGAGAGUAUAAAAUCCGAAUUGAUCCGAAAAUCUAUUUUUUUAAUUAAACUGAAGCAAAAAAUUUGUAAUGCUCUGAGAAUCAAAAUUAUACACAGUUUAUUGAUAAA